CGUCACUAGGAGCGUAGUUUCAGAUUUUCUUCUCCAGUUGGGAAGCGUUUUCAUUAGCGGUGCGUAGCCUGUUGCUUGUCCACGCGUUGUAAACUGUGCGUUGUCUCGUGAUUUACGCGUUGUGCGAAACAUCGACUCUGAUCGGGGAAAUAAAAUUCUACUUGUGUUCGUUAUAGCUGCGGUUGUUGUAUAGGUUAAUAUAGUGUCUUCCAGAUAUUUUCGUCCAGUCAUUAGCUCUGAAUCGCAGCAAGCACCAACCGCUGGUCCCUUGGUGAUAGGCGAUGCUAGCCUCUGCACCAACCCACAUUCCACCCCGUCAUGGAGCUGAACGGCACAGUGAACUUCAGCCUACAGGAGGCCUACGGAGUGCUGCUGGAGAGCAUGGGCUCAGACCGCAACCUGGACUCCCACACUGAGAUGGUGCUUGUCACCGUUUACGGCGCUCUGAUGGCCGUAGGUCUGCUUGCCAACCUGGCCGUAGGUUUGGUGGUGGCAGGGCGCCCUAGGCUGAGGACGGCGCGCAACCUAUAUGUGGCCAACCUCGCUGUCUCUGACAUGACUCUCUGUGCCGUCUGUAUGCCGUUCACUUUGAUUGCUAUUGUCAGACGGCGUUGGAGCCUGGGCGUCGCCCUGUGUAAACUGGUGCCCCUGGCACAGGGCACCAACAUAAUGGUAUCGGUGGGCACGAUCACCGUGAUCGCGGUGGACCGUUACUCGACCAUCGUGCGAGGGGGGCAUCACGGCAGCGAGGGGGGCACAGGGGGCGACAGGCGAAGGGUCGCCAUUUCUAUCGCCCUCGUUUGGGCCCUAUCAGCUCUGACCACUCUGCCUGUCGUAUUCUAUCAGGUGGUGGAGCCUCUGACCUUCUCGCACGUGGUGCUCUACGAGACCUGCAUAGAGCGCUGGCCGUCGCAAACUCUGCGCGUCUCCUACACGGCAAGCGUGCUGCUCGUACAGGCCGUCAUUCCUGCACUGGUGGUGGGGGUGGUGCACGCACGCAUUGCAUCCUACCUGCACCAGCACGCGCAGACGCAGAAGGACUCAAGGCGAGCGAAGCGGGAACUGCAGAGGAACCGGAAGACCACUAUGCUGUUGUCUGGCGUAGCCGUCCUGUUCGCAGUGAGCUGGCUGCCCCUAGGCGUGUUCACACUGACGGCCGACCUGUUGUUCCCCCCAGGAGCAGACCCCAACCCGGCGUCCGCCCGCCAGCUCUACCUGACCCUAGCCGCCUGCCACGCGCUCGCCAUGUCCAGCGCCGUCUCCAAUCCAGUCGUCUACGGCUGGCUCAACACCAACAUCCGUCAAGAACUGCUGCAGCUGCUCCCUGCCAGCUGCAGUAGCCUAGCUCAGCCGACGGCUGGCGAUGACCCAACCACGCGGCACACCAGUCUUGCCUUGCUCCACAAGCCACAGACCAUGGUCACCAACGCUACAACCACUGCGCAGCUAUGAAAUGGGGCCACUGCGCAGGUGGGGGGCGAAGCCACUACUGUGCAACUUUGAAACGGGCGUAAUGGGGUUACUGUGCAAUUGAGGAAGUACUGUGAAACUGCUUUGUGAGUGUAAACAUUUUGUAUCGAUGGAGUUUAUGGUUGGCUUUAAAUUUACGGUACUGUGCAAUUGAUUAAGAGUUGUGAAUCUAUUAUACUGUAUAGUGAAUACAGGGGUGCUCACCACAGGGGGUUAGGGGCUCAAAAUCAAUUUCUGGGGACUCGAAAUCAAGUCCGGGGGGAUUCAAAAUCGAGUACUGGGGGAAGUUCCGAAAAAUGCAGCAAUGUUGAAAAUGACUACUGAAGACUAAAAAAAUGUUCUGUAUAAUGAUGAGAGGGUAGAAGCUGAUUUUUCUCUUGAUUUUGAUUAGGUGCAUCCAUUGGAUUGUGGUGAAGGGAGGAGGUGUUCAAAUUCAGUGCAAUGGUCAAUGGAGUUGGUAUCUUUGGAGUUACUGUGCAAUUGAAGAAGUACUGCGAACUUCUACAUGAUUGUAACAAUUUAGUGCAGUGGGUGAUAGAGUUAGUGGGUUUGAAGUUACUGUGAGACUGCUAUUGAAGUAUUGUGAAACCUUGAAACGGAAAUUCAGUUUCAAUUGCGGAGUACGGGUAUGUUUUGUGGGUGGGAGCUAUUAUGCAAAUGUACGGGUGAUUUUAAACUGGAAUUUCUCUGUGAAAAUAGUGUGCAAUAUGGAGCGUGUUAAUUGUGGAUCGAUUUCGUUGAUUUAUGUUGAGGGAGUAACAGUGGAAUUGAUAAAGUGCUGAGGAACUACUUUAUAACUGUUAUCAGUGAAUACUGUGUUUCUGUUAAACGAAGGUACUGUGAUGGAGAGGGCUUCAGUUACUGUGGGGUUUUUGGUAGAACCCCGUUCAACCGCUACGUGUAUCCUCUUAUCACAGUUCUCUCUGCUGUGCUUAACACUGAUAAUAGCACAAUAAACGUUUGUUACUGAGUAAAUUCUAUAUAGGCCUAACCUGAAGAGUACUUUAGUACUGUACAAUAACGAAACAGAGCCGAAGCACAUGUAGGAAGGCCAGAACAUUAUCUGGAUCAGUAAUAUUGUAUGGGAUGAAGUUACUGGUUUUAAGAAAAUAAUGGUAUUGAAAAAUCAUGAAUUGAAUAAUUAAUUAUAAAAAGGUGAAUGAUUAAAAAAACUGUAUCAACUAAAUGUUUGGUCACCUACUGUACGAGAAAACUAAUGUGUAAUAAAGAAAUACUCAGAUCUUUGAAUACUACAACAUGAAGCCACCGUGAAAAAACUAUGUGAUUGAAUUAAAACAAAGAUUCCUGUAACUAAAAUUCUUAAAAUAUACAGGAUUGGAUUCACACGGAGAAACUGAAUAAAAUGUUUGAAGGAGACUGGAUAAACAAGGAAAGAUGGCGAUUGGGGUGCGAGAAGAGACAUAAUUGGAGUUGUAAAAACUAGCUAUAUUAUAUAAAUGUAGAUUCGUGAAGCAUCAGAAUAAAACUACUGUUCAAGAUUUCAUCUACUGUUGUAUAUACAUCAAAUAUCCAUAUGAUAAUAUAUUUAUGAUACAUAUAAAAUUGUGUAUCUAGUAUGUCAAAGAUGUUGUCAGCUGUGAUUCUCCUGUGUUUCCAAACGGAAAUAUUUUUAUCAUGAGACAUUGUAAUAUUCUAUCACACGAUAGAACAGGAAAUGCUAUUUGUAAGUAAGCAUUGUUGUUUCUGUAAUAUUGUUAUAUUGUAGAGAUUUGAAAAUAAUAUUGUAUGAAUGUAUAUAGUGAUUGAGCUUGAUUAAGUGAAUGAAUGAAGCGAGAAAAAUAUGUUGUCACGGGUAGAUAAUUGAUCAUUGUUAAAAUUUAUCCAAUGUGCAUUGAAGAUUUUGGAAUUAAGAAUUAACUAUUGAAAUGUAAACCACUAGUGUGUGUGUAUGUAUUUUCUACAGAGUUGAUAAAUUGGAUUAUUCAAUCUAGAUUUAGAGCUGUUCAAACUUUUCGUGUGAACCAACCAUUCGGUUCCCAUUCUCAAAUUAAAUUCUCUUUCUCAAGCUUGAAAACGAUUUAUGCAAUUUUGCAUGCAAUAAAUCGUAUCACAGCCAGCUAGCUAGUGAGUUAGUACUGCCAUGGCCAAUAAUAUUUCAUUCGUUAAAUUUCAUCUACAAAUCCAUAUUUCGAAAAUGAACUAUUCCAGAGAUAUUACUUUUUUCUUUCAAACUGGAUUUUUAACAAUUAUAUUGAGUGCUCUAUCUGUAUUCUUAAAAGAUUAAUGCUAGGAUACCUUUUCUCUCUAAAAGUAUUGAAUCUCGUGCUAUCAAAUGAAUGCGUUCAGACGAGAGAUUCGAAUCCAUUUUUCAUUGUUUGGAUUGGAAUAGAUGCAAUUGAUUUGUCCCAUUUGAAAUGAAUGUCGAUAUCGAACAAAUUUCUCUGUUUCCAAACACAAUAUAAAAAUAUAUUCUCUGUUGCCAUUAACGAAUUUAUAGAUAUUGGAUAAAACCAUAACCUUUACAGCAAUACAAAAUUUAGUUAACGUGAUCGAUUCUUCUCUAUCAAAACAUUUCUCUUUGUUCCUAGCAAAGUCUGAAGUUUUAAACUGAUCCGAACUGAUUCCAAUCCAAAUAGAAUUACGUCUAUUCAAUUCGUAGAGAUAGUUUUCUCUCUUCAAACAUUGUUAAAGGAGAAAUAGAAUUUUAUAUUUUCAUUCUAAAUCAGAAAUUGCAUUUAUUCAUCAGAAAUACAAAACGAGUGAUUCAAAUUUCCAAACUUCAAGAGAAAUGUAUUUAUUACAUAAAUCCAGACACAUCAAACUAGAUGAUUAUAAAUGGCUAUACUUAUCGAACUCAUAAUUAUUUCACAUGGAGUCGUUUGUUCCAAAUUUAUAUUUCACAUAGUUAGAGUUUGUUUGAUACACAUUCAUUACAAAUUCAUUCAUCACAUCCGUUUUCCUCAAUAUUAGCAGUUUAUUGUAAGCGUAUACUAAAGAUCUUGUUGUAUUGGAUGUACGUCAUUGCUAAAUUAAACUCAUCCAUUUUACUAAGGAGAAAUAUUAUUUAUAUUUAUUCAGCUUAAGGUAAUUCUAAUAAAUCAUAAUCACAGUCUAUCACAUUGUCAAUAAGCUCAAAAUAAUCACAAUGAAUUUUCUAUCAAUCAAAAUAAAAGUGAUUGCGAGGUGAACUUUACAAUUACAAAUAGUUUGUAAGUGUAAAGAAAUAUUAUAUUUAUUCAGCUUAAGGGAAUUUGAGAACUCAAUGGAGAAACAUUCUUAAUACUUUGAAAAAUCGUGAAUGAAUACUGUGAUGUUGUUUAGCUCUAUUCUAAUAUUGGCCUAUUUUAAUGAAUGUUUGCUUAUUGUGUUACAAAUAAAAAUUGUAGA